AUGGCAGCACCAAACACUCGGAUGAUGACUUACUUGACUACAGGAUUCCGAAAAGAACGGCUCGAGCCAGAGCGGAGCCGCGAUCGCUCACGCAGCCUUGACAAACGAGAUACUAUUGGCUAUGAACGUGAGCCUCGUCCUCGCGAUGAACUUGAUGUGAUCAUUUCUAAGAUGCAAGCCCCGAAUAUGUCGGAUGACGAAAAGCUGAGCGACAGGCGCUCGCGCCAGCAUCGUCGGCGGCGUGACUCUGAACGAGAUGCCGGCUUUGAAUUUGACUCCCCUCCUGACGAUGAAUUGAUCAAAUCUAUUCACGGGGAGAUGCAACCUGCCUCUUAUGAAAAGGCAUCUUCCAGAAAGGAGGCUGCGGGCAAAAAGCUUCGAGAUGAUUCGAAGCCAGUCAGAGAAGAGGUCACACCGGCCAAAGAUAACCGGACUCAGGGCAUUCCGUCCGGGGCCAGGUGGACAAAAAUCCAUCGCCGACUGGUGAACCCGGCAGCAUUAGAAGCGGGUAAGGAGCGAUUCGAGGAGCGUUCCGACCACAUAAUAGUACUCAGGGUACUGUCUAUGAAGGAGAUUGAGAAUUACGCGAUAGCCACAGAGGAGAUCCGAGGUAAGCCGCAUCAUCUGCUUGAAUUCAGCGUUGAGAUUGAGGCAUUGCUGCAUUAUUGA